AGCUCCUAUAAGUAUACCUCACAUCAUUCAUCUGCCCAAGAUGGAUCAGCAGGUGCUCCAGUGCCUUCAGUCCACAUUGUCGCCUGAAGAAAAUGUCCGGAAACAUGCAGAAGAGCAGCUCAAGCAGCUUUUCGCCGUCCCCGAGGGUGGGCUGAGUCUGGCGAGGCUGUUAAAUGCCCAGGAUGUACCCUUGUUCCAGCGACAGUCAGCCGGCGUUCUUUUGCAGCAGUAUGUCAACCAACAUUGGACUCCAGCUUCGGCCCAAUUUCAACACCCUAUAACUCCUAUAGAAGUAAAAGCCCAAAUAAGACCACUCGUUUUUAGCGGUCUCUCCGACCCCGAGCGGAAGAUUCGUCUCGCCAGUGCUUUCUCUCUUUCAGCCAUUGCUAGAUAUGACUGGCCAGAUGACUACCCCGACCUUUUACCGCAGCUUGUCAACUUACUCACAUCCGGCUCCUCUGACUCGGUUCACGGCGGCAUGCGUGUAAUCUCGGACUUUGUGCGCAAUGAACUGAGCGAAGAUCAGCUUUUGCCUGUCGUUCAAGAUCUUCUUCCCGCAGUUCUGAAUAUUCUAGCCAACCCCGAAGCUCACUCUCCCUCCACUCGUGCUUCCACUGUGCACGUCUUCCGACAAGUCGUCCGCAUGUUGGAAACUGUCCGGGAGGAGCAGCCUAGAGCUGUCAAGUCAGCGCUUGAAUCGUUGGGUGCUGUUUGGCUCGACGCUUUCUCUCAGCUUUUGUCUCAAGAUGCUGGUGCCGAGGUGCAACAGAACUGGGAAUCUCUCAGUAUCCGGAUCGAAAUCUUCCGAACAUUAUCCCUCUUCCAAAGUGCUUUCCCCCGAAUUAUCGCUCCCAAUGUCCCGUCCUUCAUCCGCCUCGCCAUCCUCAACCUCCAGUCACUCCUUCCCUUAUUCACCGCUUUUUACCUUUCUACCACUGACGACACCCCUGAACCCCCAUCGCCUACUUCUGACUCUGGCACAGGCAUGACCGACCCCAAAAUUGACAUCACUGAUCUUGCUUCUGCCAUCUUUGACUAUCUUACACCCACUGUGAGGACGAAGAGCGCAGUUGGUGUGUUGAUGGAAGGUCAAGACGAAUCAGCAAGGGCGACAGAGGUGUUGGAGAAUUUAGUUAGAGUUGUGCAGGAGUUUACGCAGAUCACCAAAGAGAAUGCCGAAGAGUGGAUGGAAGACACCAAUGCGUUCGUUAUCGAUGAGGACGAAGAAACUGAAGAGUACAGCGCAAGAACAUCUGGUUAUGAUCUCAUUGGCUCUGUGAUGGACAAGUGGACCAGGCCUGUGGCGGCCAUUUUACAAAAUCUCACAAACACCAGAGUUCAAGAGUCCGCUUCUGCCAAGCAAUCGGGUAGCCCCGACUGGUGGAAGCCUCUUGAAUCUGUGCUUGCGAUGCUCGGAGGUAUCUCUGACGAUAUCCGGAAUGCGCUUGAAGAGGAUUUGGAGAAGAAGCGAUCGCCUACAAUCGACGUAUCGUAUUUGUUCGAUCAGGUCAUCCCCAGUCUUCUUGGUCAAUCAGAGGCUCCCUUCUUGCAAGGCCGAGCGUUUGUCUUUGCGAGCCAGUUUAGCUCUUUCUUGCCUCAAACGCUUGUGACACAGUAUCUCAAUGCUGCUGUUUCUGUUCUCGAAUCACCAGAGGUUUCUGUCCCUGUAAAGAUCUCCGCUGUCAAGACCAUCAAAAACUUUUGCCGACAUGUCGAUACUGCCAUCCUCCAACCUCAAACCGGCAAGCUACUCAGUCUCCUCCUGCCACUUUUACCUCAAGCGGAGCGUGAGACCCUUUAUCUUCUUCUUGAGACCAUCCGGGCUAUCACUUCUAUCGAUGACAGUAUCUUGAACGCACAGAACACGGGACCUGUAGUAGAGCAGAUGUUUGACGUAUGGUUGAGGUGUGCUGACGACCCUGUUACCACAUCGAUCAUCGAAGAGAACAUUGAAUCCCUCACCCUCUUCCCUGACCCCGGAGUCCUCAGUGCCCUCGUGCACACUCUUGCCCCCAAGCUCGCCGCGGCCAUCUCCACCCCUGUCACCGAUGAGAUUGUCCAUAUUCCUGGCGAAGCUGUGCAACUGGCGAACAGUAUGAUUAGGAUGCGAGGAGGUCCCUUAGAGACUGAGUUGGUGGCUACUGUCACUAGGGCUGUGAUGGAAAUCUUGAGGACUACGGAUGAUAUGGAUGUCAUCCAGCAUGGAAUGAUCCAUUUGACUCUGGUUGUGAGGAAGGACUGCCAAAAGCUUACACAUUGGCAUGAUCUCGAAGGUAACAACGGUAUAGCAAGCAUUUUUGGCCUUCUUGGUCGUUUCCUCGCCCCCACGUUUUCAGAGUCUGGCGGUAUUUUUGUGGGUGAACUCAUCAUGCACCUGUUCCGCAAGGCCGGUGAAGCCAUUGGCCCUGUGCUGCCAGACUUGCUGCGAGCUGUAGUGGCCAGGUUGGCUACCGCCACCAUGCCUUCUUUCAUCCAGACUCUUGUCUUGCCUUUCGCCUACCUCUUCAGCACUGAACACACUGCUAACACCAUCGAUCUCCUCUCCCAAUUCUCUGUGCCCGUUCCUUCUGGAGGUGAGAAGCGUGCUCUCGACCUUGUUCUUAGCGCCUGGUGCGACACUUCGGAUACUAUUACUGGAUCAUGGAAUAUAAGAGUCAGCGAUAUGGGUAUGAGCAAGCUAUUUGUCUUGUCGGACCAGAGGUUGAGGGAGGUUAUUGUGAAAGGAGAUUUGAUCAUUUCAGAGGCGAACAGGAACACUAUCAUGACUCGCUCCAGAACUCGACACACUCCCAACCAAUACACUCAAAUUCCUUUCCCUCUCAAAGCUCUGAAACUAAUUCUCAAGGACGUCCAAUCGGAGCCUACAUCGGCGAAGAAGGCAACAACUGGUCUUGAUAUCGAGGAUGAUGACGGGGAUGAGGAAUGGGAUGAUGAUGACCUUCUCGGUGGUGGCUCCAACGUGGGCGAAUUUGACUACUUGUCUUCAUGGCUUGAUAACAAUGGAGCGGAAAGUGACGCGCAAGAUGAUGACGAAGAUCUCAAGUCUGAUCCUCUCGCUCAAAUUGACCUGGGCCAACAUCUGACUGAUGUCCUUCGACAUGCAUAUGCUUCCAACUCAAAUGGGAUGCAUGAGAUGGUCGAAGGUCUUUCUGAUGAGGAAAAGGGGAUCUUAAGAGGUGUCUUGACACUUUAAGAGGUUUCUCAGGCAACAUAGAUGUACCUUGGUAAUAUUUUAAUCUUAUGCUUAUUUGGCAUGUAUUGAGACGCAUGGCAG